GUGCCGUCUCGCUGUGUGUGUCGGGCGUACGGGAACUUCACCGCGGCUACGGGUGUGGCUUUAAAACGUGAUACAACUGCAGCAAUAGGGAUUAAAAUACAAAAAGAGAAGACGUACAACAGAUAAAUAUCAGCGUGUGUGUGUCCGGUAGCCUCGCUGGCAGCAGGAAUCCGUGUGUUCGCUUUUCAGCAGCUGGAAUACUUUUUCUUUUUUUUUUCAGCCGAACUUUGUGGUUCGUUUUUCGCGUGUUGAAAUCCGCUCGAAUGUUUUGCUGAAGGAAACACCGAUCCGCUACAGGUCGACCGACCACUAAAACUUUUUUAAAUCUUUUUUUUUUGUCCGACUGGACAACUUCUCCGUUCUCCCAACAAACCACCGAUGACUGACUGAACAACCGACGAGUGAUUUUGACAAAUUAGAAAUCCGUGUUCACGCGCUGGAGGAACUCGCCGUUCCGUCUCGCGGAUGAACGGACUCCGUCACGUUUGACAUAAAAAAACAGGGAAGUCUGCCUCACUCAACGUCAACCCUUGGUGGUAUUUGUUAAAAAAAGAGGUCCUCGGACUCGGGCGUUAAAAUAUCAGUACAUAUAUUUUUUUUCCUGUUGAUAUUUGCCCACUAAGCAGCAGUCCUGAAGCGCGCACUAGGAACCAUGGGGUGUACAGUCAGUCAGGAGGAUAAAGCCGCGGCCGAGAGGUCUAAAAUGAUUGAUAAAAACCUGAAAGAAGAUGGAGAGAAGUCUGCGAAAGAGGUGAAGCUGCUGCUGCUGGGUGCUGGAGAGUCGGGGAAGAGCACCAUUGUGAAGCAGAUGAAGAUCAUCCACGAGGACGGAUACUCAGAAGAGGAGUGCAAGCAGUACAGAGCCGUUGUCUACAGCAACACCAUCCAGUCCAUCAUGGCCAUUAUCAAAGCCAUGGGCAACCUGAAGAUCGACUAUGAGGAAGCCACUCGCGCGGACGAUGCCCGCCAGCUGUUUGCCCUGUCAGCAGCUGCAGAGGAGCAGGGCAUGCUGCCAGAAGAUCUGUCCAAUGUCAUUCAACGGCUGUGGGCUGACGGCGGCGUCCAGAGCUGCUUCACGCGGGCCAGAGAGUACCAGCUCAACGACUCUGCAGCUUACUACCUGAAUGACAUGGAGAGGAUAGGCAAGCAGGAUUACAUCCCCACACAGCAGGACGUGCUGCGGACCCGAGUGAAGACCACUGGCAUCGUGGAAACGCAUUUCACCUUCAAGGAACUGCACUUCAAGAUGUUUGAUGUUGGAGGCCAGCGGUCAGAAAGGAAGAAGUGGAUCCACUGCUUCGAGGGAGUCACGGCCAUCAUCUUCUGUGUAGCCAUGAGCGCUUACGACCUGGUCCUGGCUGAGGAUGAAGAGAUGAACCGGAUGCACGAGAGCAUGAAGCUCUUUGACUCCAUCUGCAACAACAAGUGGUUCACAGAGACGUCCAUCAUCCUGUUCCUCAACAAGAAGGACCUGUUCGAGAAGAAGAUCGCCCAGAGCCCUCUGACCAUCUGCUUCCCUGAGUACUCCGGCCCUAACAAGUACGAGGAGGCCCAGGCUUACAUCCAGACCAAAUUCGAGGACCUGAACAAGAAGAAGGACACCAAGGAAAUCUACACCCACUUCACCUGCGCCACCGACACCAAAAACGUGCAGUUUGUGUUCGAUGCCGUCACCGACGUUAUCAUCAAGAACAACCUGAAGGACUGUGGCCUCUUCUAAAGACGUGUGUGAGGAAGAGUCAAGAUUACUUGAAGAGUUGUGAAGACCAUAAAGAUAGGGGGAAUAUACACACAUCAUGAAUGACCGCAUUGGCCAACCACGAUUUCUGCUUCGAUCUGCUUUUUAUAAAGACACCUAAUAGACUGAAAACCCAACGAGCCUCGCAGAAAUUCAGUAAAUGCUGAUCCAGUUGAUCGUAUUGUUAACUCUUUGGGCUAUGACCACAAAAAUCAACAUCUUAUUAUUGUUUUUUUCCUUCUUUUUUGUCUUUACUAGAGGAAGCAAAGGAAAAGUUUUUAUAUAAAUGCAUUCAUUUUACUUUUAGAAAUUCUGAUGUGCAAAUUAUUCAGCUUUUAAUCACAUGAAGCUUAUUUUUUAAGAGAUUAGGCACAGGCAUGGACAUAAAAUAUGAUUGAUAAAGGAUUGUGCUUUUCUUUUCUUUUUUUUAAGAUAAUGUUUACUUAAGUUCGUCAUUCAUAGCCAAACCGUGUAUUGUUCUGCAUGUCAAAUAUUAGCUCUGUAAUCUGCACAAAUGAUCUAACAUUCCUAUAAAAUGCUAAAAAAAAAAUCUUAAAACGUUGAAAAAAUGAAAAGCUUCACUUGCAGGGGGAAAUUAUGGUAAAAUCCUAACUGAUAUUUAAAGUAUGUGUGUACCUAACAUUCUGUCACUUUUUAUAGUACCAUUUCCAUGUCUGUUGCAGUAUGUUUGUGCCUUGACUUCUGUUUACAACCGAUUCCUAGAUAUGCUUUCUGUAUGUUUGACCUGCUGUGCGCCUAUAUUUUUCUUGCUUUUUCUGCCUAGCACCUAUGGAUAUAUAGUGAUUAUUAAUGAGACAAAAAUCUUAAUUCAGAAAAUUUUUAGUGUUUUUUUGGUAAAUAUUCAAAUGCUUUAAAAAGUCUUUUAUGAUUUAAUUUAAAUAAAAGUAGAGAUCACCUGACUCGUGCACAUUA